AUGGCUCCAUCGCGAAUAGAGGAUUCUAAUCUGAGCACUUUGGACACAAAACGGAUAGAAACUCGAAUCAAACCGAAACUUCUGCUUUCUCAGCUGCCCAGCGAUGAGAUGAACACAGUGGACUUUCGUGGAUCAUCCUUCUUUAAAACAAACGAGAACCUCCCAACACCAGAUGAAGUUAUGGCGAUGUCAAAUUACCCUCAUAAAACGUUUUAUGAUCCACCUCCCGUUAUUUUCGACCAUCUUGGGCUGCUCGUGAAAUUCGGCAAGCGUAUUACAAUUGCCGAAGCCCAAUGUAUGUGGGCAAUGAAGGAAUUGUUUGGUGACAAGGUGCCCGUUCCGGAACUGUUUGGUUGGCGAGUCCGUAAUGGGAUUGUGUUUAUCUACAUGCAACUUGUACGUGGGGAUACCCUAGCUGACAGGUGGGAUGACAUGCCUGAGAAAGAUAAAAUAUCUAUCUGCCAUGAUCUCCAUGGAAUCAUAACAUCCCUACGGGAGUUGCAGUACGAUGACACUUGUGGCCCGUUUAUUGGAUCUAUUAAUCGACGAAAUGUUCGUGAUUAUAUCUUUUUAACUCACCCACUCGGAGGACCGUUCAAAAAUAUUCGACAGUUCCAUGACUGGAUAUCCUCUUUACCACUUAUCGGGCUCUCUGUCCCUAGCGACUAUGUUGAUCCCUACAGGCCAUACCUACCUGAUGAUGCGACUAUCAAGUUUACACAUGCAGAUAUUCAUGGUCGCAACAUUAUUAUAUCCCGAGGCAACUCUCCUAAAAUUCUCGCACUAAUAGACUGGGAACAAUCUGGCUGGUAUCCAGAGUAUUGGGAGUGGUGUAAAGCCUGCUAUACCUCUCAUUAUGAUAGUGAAUGGAGAAAAAAGUGGAUGUCAAAAUUUUUAACUCCCUACCAUGAUGAGCAUCUUAUAUUUGCUGAAUAUACCCACUUCAUGGGGGCCAUCUAG